UGAUCUGAGAUCAGCGUCUGAAUGGAAACCUUAUGACAACAAGGAAACAACAAGGAAACUGAAGUGACACGUUUAGUUCCUGCAUCUUAUAAACCUCAAUACGACAGACCACAAUGUUUUUCGCCCGAAGUGUCGCAUUAUAUGUCUUAAUAAUGAUUUGUUCUGCAAAAGAUACUGAAAUUAGAAACGCCUCAAAACCGGUGCGGUUGUUCACCGAAGAGGAGUUGAAGAGAUACGAUGGGAGUGAGGAUGGACAACCAAUUUAUAUGGCCAUUAAAGGUGUAGUGUUUGACGUCACGACUGGAAAAGAGUUUUAUGGCGAGGGUGCGCCGUACAAUGCCCUUGUUGGAAAGGACUCGACCAGAGCAGUGGCCAAAAUGUCACUUGACCCAGCAGAUCUCACACAUGACACUAUGGGCCUUACAGAAAACCAGCUAAAGUCCCUCGAGCAGAUAUUUACCGGCACAUACAAAGCAAAGUACCCUAUUGUUGGAUACACCAGCAGGCGCGUUCUCAAUGAAGAUGGAAGCCCCAACAGAGACUUUAAACCUGAAGACCAACCUCAUUUCAGCAUUAAAGAUGAACUUUAAACAAUCUUUAUUCAGAUCUCAUUAUAACUGUUUGGGCCCCCCCAUUGAACAUAGAGUAGGCAGGUGUUGAUUUGGUGUCCUUUGGUGGUCUUGAAGCCCACAACCUAGAAAACCUUAUGAUGCGUUAUGUCCCACGUUGGUUUUUCCCCUGGUGGGCUGCUGUGAAGGUCAUUCUAACAAGGCCACCUACAGGUGUGAUUUAUACAGUGACAUAUAAAAUGUCCAUGUCCAAAUGUCUCUCUAUAUUUAUGGCUGUUUUUUGUUAUGUCUUACAUAUUAUUGUGAAAUACUGUGAAAAUAUCUAUAAUUGUAUCCAUAAAUAACAUACAGUUCAUUUUACUACUGUAGCACUCCAGGGGAAAGUUUGGUGAUUCACACUACAGUUAGAAAUUGAAAUCACUCUGUGGUGAGUGGUUUCAUAUUAUAAAUUAAAAAGUUGUUUGUCAAUCCAAAAACAACAUUUUGACUCAAACAUCAUAUCAGUCAUAAUUAUAGUGUUUGUGUCUAAUUUUGAUUUGCCUCUAAUGACCAGAAAUGUCUCUCACCAGUCGAGAGAUAUGAUUGUUACUGUAACUGCAUUUAUUGUUUUGACCCGUUAAUGUCAUCCACACUGGGUUAUUUUAAGUGAAAUGUAAUUAUGACUCUUUAGAAACAUGUAAACUCUGUAAAGACCUGGGUUAGAUGAACUUGGUGCUGAUCGAAAGAUAUGUAUUAAGAAAUAAAUGGCAGUCCAAACCUGAAACAGUAUGAAGUAAUUUAAUUUUUUAGC